AGUAGCCUUAGAGCAAAUACAUAUUGAACGGGAAAACAAAAUUCCAGUUCUUUCAAUUUGAAACGCAGAGACACUGACUCAUUAAGAUCAAAUGGAGUUGCUGUGACAAGAUCAUGCAUCGCCGACGGAAUAUUUAAGAGCCAGUGUUUCAGCAUAUCUGAUCAGCUUCGAAAGUGAACUUGAAUUAUACAACGAUUGUUAGUAGAUUACCAAAAAGAAGAUGUAUGAUGAGAGCCCUUUCCAACUUCCUGUCUUAUCUUCGAAAGUUUCCGAUCCGUUCAGCUCCUAAGAUUUUAACAGCACCAAGCAGGCGUAGUGGAACUCCAUUUGCGCCAAAACGGUGUAUGUUUGAACUAAAGUGUCCGCUAUGGAUUACCUGUGGAAGACUGCGCUUAUUCGCACCUUUGGAUUCAUAUUAUGGGCCUCUUUGAGUGCUUGGUUGUUUUCUUUUGUGGAAUAUACGGAAAAAGAUGACAAAAGAGAAAAAGACCACUUGUUAAAGUCCCUGUACAUUUCCAUGGCAUCUAAAUUCAAUAUGACCAUCAAGGAAUUUAAUAAUUUUUCCAGCAUUGCGCAUGAAGCUCUGAGCCAACCUAAACCACGGUGGACGUAUUUUGUUUCCUUGGAAUUCGUCUUACAAGCUUUCACUACCGUAGGCUAUGGAUACGUCACUCCUCAAACACCUGCUGGUCAGAUAUUAUGCAUUUUUAUUUGUCUUCUUGGGAUUCCCAUUACAUUACUCGCGUUGAAGUCUGUUGGCGAUUUAAUGGCCAAACUUGUCAACGCGCUUGUAACAAAGUUUGAAAGCAAACUUUUCAAAAGAGCGCAUCCGGAAAAAGUAGAAACAAAGAGCGCUGUGAUCCUCUUUUUCCUGAUGGUGAUAUUUAUUGUGGCAAACGGCCGGUUAGUUAUGAGUACACAAGGUUGGACUUUUGUUGAAAGUGUGUAUUUCUGGUUCGUUACGCUGACCACAAUCGGUUUUGGUGAUUACGUUCCAGAGAAACGAAAGUUCCACUCGGAACAACGCACCAGAAAAGGUUUUCUCCGUAUGCUCAUGACUAUUUAUGCAAUGAUUGGCUUCUGUGUUGUUUCAAGCGUAAUCAAUUCCGUCAUGGCGGCUAUGGAGGAAUUGAAGUUCCAUCGUGCCUGUCCCAUGUGUGCCUCUAGAAAAACCCGGGAUGAAGUGAACAAUGUGGAGACUAACUGCACCCCAAAAAGGCAAGAAAAUGGCACUGAAAACAUGUGCUACUUAACUGAACUGUAACUGACUGUUUAUCAGCAAUGAAAUCUGCUUGACAUCAAAGUUGCACAUUAAAGCCCUGGCGGAGUUUAGAAAAACCUUAUUUUCCUUUAAAAUUUCUCAAAAAGAAGAACUUUCUCCAGAUCAUGAUGGCAGUGAUUCUCUAACCAGUUUUACCUGCUAAUGACAUUAUGUCGAAGGAACCAGACUGAAAUAAGAGUAAAGUUAUUCAUUCGGCUUUUUCUUUCUUUAUCAACGAGGAAACUAAGAGAACUCUCUCUUUCUUUAGUCGUUCGUGGUGACGAUGCAGCUAUGAUUAUUUGGUUACGCACAUUUUUUUUUCUCAGCUUUGAAUAAAUUUGAAAAUUAAACAAAGCGCUUCUAAAAGAAAAGGACCCUGAGGGCUACUUAAAAUAAAAGUACCAUGUUUACUUGUUGAAGGAGUCUCCUUGACGUUUGUUGUCCCGCGGCAAUAUUUCCCUUGCAGUACAGAUGGGAAAAUAUGACAACAUUGAAAGUUCCUCUUGCCUAGAACCAACUCAAAUAAAAUGUUGAUAAUGAAGACUUGUCAAGGACAGGAUGUGAAAUGAGGACAACUUGACACCUUUGAAUUAAAACAAUACCUUAAAAAAAUUGACAGUGAAACAACACACAGAUCCAUGAUGACAAUGGAGAGGAAUAAGUUCAAUUGUGAAAUUCUUACACCUGCCAGUUUAUCCUCACAUGAGGGAUUGACAAGUCUUCCAUACUUAUAUAAAUAAUUGACAAUUCUGUCCUGACAAGUGUAAUUACUAAGAACGUGAACAUGACUUGACAGAGACGAGAACGAAAAAAGUUGUGUUCAUAUCGCUUUUAACCACUGUUCAGAAAUAUCAGUUGAGGUUUUCUUGAAACUGCUGUCGAGGUGUUUUUGGUUGAAAAAGUCAAUUAACAGCUGGUUGAGCUGGAGGUAAUAUAUUCGUUUUUCCAUUCAUAGCCUUAGAGAAAGAAAGGGAGAAAAUACCUUUCUUUAAAUAAGUUCCCAAAUGAAACUUAAUGUUGGGCUUCAUAGUUUUUUAUUGAUUUGAAUUUUUUUAAAACAUUUGAAUGUCUCUUGACCUGCAUUCAUUAUAACAAUCAUAAUCCAAAGAAAGAGAAAAAAUCAAUUUUUAUGGGAGAUUAUUGUUUCAGAUUAUGAUAAUGAACAGGCCAAAGAAAAUAAAAAUUCGACUGGUUUAAAAAAAUUUCAGCCACAACAUAAAUAAAAGGAUGUAAAAAUUAAUUUCUGUGUUAAUCAAUUUUCAAAAUUCAUGAAAGUUCAUUUAAAGAAGUUCAUUGUUCGGUCAAUUCUCGCAUAGCUUAUCUAACGUACGCCAGCUGCAUCAUCAUUUUACGUUCACAAGCUUACAGUAAUACGCAAGACAUGUCAUUCAAUACUAUUUUGAUAUCGCCUUGCCAGGGAACGUCGAAAAAAAGCCUGUGAACAGCUUCGUACUGAAUGAAUCUCAUACGAGACCUUGAUAACUCUCAGAGUAAGUGAUAAUAAAUGUGAAAGUGUAAACAGAAA